AUGAACAAGAUCAACAUUGUAAUUUUAGCAAUCGCAGCAAUUCUAUCCUUUGGGUUUGUAGCAGCUGGCGGGUAUGGCGGGUAUGGAGGCGCAGUCCAAACCAGUGAGGAGGCAGCAUACUCUAAUUCAUACGAAGAAACUAGUGUACAAGAAGAAACCGAAGAAACCGAAGAAACUGAAGAAGUCUCAGAGGAAGAAGUUGUGGAAGAAGAAGACUCUCAGGCGGCAGAGGAAACCAGUGCAUCGGCCGUUGGAGCAACUAGUUCUAAGUCUGGUGCUGCUAUGUCCCAGGGCUCCCAGAUGGCCGGCAAAACCUCUCAAAGCAAAGCCAAUGCCAGUAAAGCUGAUACUUCUGGACUUGUAGGCAGCAGUGGAUCAUCAAACCAAGCCGACACUUCUGGGCUCGUAGGCAGCAGUGGAUCAUCAAGUCAAGCCGGCAAGACCUCCAAUAGUGCGGCCAAGAACCGUGGUAAGAGUGGUAGUACAAAGUCUGGAUCUGCGGCUAACACACAACAAAACGCAGAUGAUGCUGCAGCCAUCAACGGGGCCAGCAGUUCUUCGCAUCAUGGAUAA